CUCAACCGAGAUGCGGACGGACUCGCGGCGCGCGCAGAUUUAAAUUCUCAAAAAUGGCCAACAACGACCAGCUGGUCAAAAUCCAAAGUGAGCACUGCUUUCGGCCGAACGAAAGCUUCAACAGCUAUGACGAGUUUUUGACCAAGUUGGAACAGCACAGCUCCAAGGACCUGGUGUACUAUUGGCGUCGGGAUUCACGGACCAUCGAAGGGGCGGCUCUCAAAACUGCGCGCCCCAUUGCUCCCGCACUGCGGUACUAUUCGGUCCGGUACUCCUGCAUAUUUGGGGGACAGAAAUUUGAACGGAAAUCCAAUGGAGCAAAGAAGCUGCGCCAAUCGAUCCGAAAUGACUGCCCGGCGUACAUCGCUUUACGUGCAUCCAAAUGUGGCCAAAAGUUGAUAGUGAUGUCCGUUUCGAACAUCCACAACCACGACAUAAACGAGGAAGCAACGAAGAAUCUUGCCCACACCAAAAAGCUCUCAUCCGAUAUGAAACAGGAAGUGAAUCUGCUUUUGCUACACAAUGUCGAUAAGAAGUUGAUUCGGGAGUACGUACGGCUGAAAGAUGGUAAGGACUUGACCACCAAGGACCUCUGUAACCUGGUGGCAUCGCUGAGAAAAAACAUCCAACUGAUAGAUUCCAAUUCGGAUUCGAGUAAAACGGCCGAACUCACUUCCCAACUGAUUAAGUACAUAAGCCAGCAUCGAGGAUCGAUUCCGAUUAAGUCGCUUGAAAGAGCGAACGAAAUCACCGCCACUUUGGAUGUUUCGGAACCGGAAAGCGUCGCUUCUGAAAUGGUCGAAGAACGGCUCAUGGAUGAGUUUGAUGAAGGCAAUUCUCAAAGAGGUGAAGAAGUCGCGGAGGAAAUUCAUGCCGCCGAUGGCAAUCAUGAGUAUGUGAUAGAGAUUCUGGGUGAUUUCCCACGCGAGGAAGAAGUACCGUUACCACUAUCAUCAGCAAAGUUCACACCAACCCAUCUGGAAAGACGAAACAGGACAAGGUGGAAAGCUCCAUCGUGUUUUGCAUGUGGUUCCAAUAAUAGACUGGUGAGGGCGCAGCUUGAAGUUUUACGGGCCCGGAGGGAUAAGCUCAGGGAGGAAACUGAAUUGCUAAGACUGCAGAAACGGAAGCUAAAACUGGAGAUUGAAGCACUGAAUAAAAAUCGUAGUAAGUAG